UUGCAGAGAUCCCACUCUCUCUCUUUCUCUCUCUCUCUCUCUCUCUCUCUCGCUCUCUCCAUCAUGCAGCACUCAGGAAUGGAGUUGUUGUUACCGGUGGAGCGAUGCGCGGAUGAGGCGCUCUUGAACGGGAACGCGACAGAGCACGCGGAGUCCGACCCUGCUAAGAAAAAGAAGAAAAAAAAGAGAAAGAAGAGCAAAGCAGCUGUUUGGGCAGGACAAGCAGAACUGGGGGAGGAUGGAGUUGUUGAGGACACGAGGAAGUCACUGGAGCAGCAGAGCUUUGAUGAAAGAGAAAGAGAAGAGGACGGAGAAGAAGAUGGAGAAGAUGGAGAUAGUUCCACUGGGAAAAAGAAGAAGAAGAAGACAAAGAAAAAGAGUGGCCCUAAAACACAAACUGAUCCUCCUUCCGUGCCGAUAUGUGAGCUUUACCCCAACGGAGUGUUUCCUGUCGGGGAGGAAUGUGAAUAUCCUUCCUCACAAGAUGGGAGGAGUGCUGCGUGGCGGAUGAGCAGUGAGGAGAAGCGUGUCCUAGACGAAGCCAGGGAGGACAUGUGGAAUGAUUUUCGGCAGGCCGCGGAGGCGCAUCGGCAGGUACGACGGUACGUGAAGAGCUGGAUCAAGCCAGGCCUGAGCAUGAUCGACAUCUGUGAGCGUCUAGAGGAGUGCAGUAGGAGGCUGAUUAAGGAGAAUGGACUGAAAGCAGGUUUGGCUUUUCCCACCGGCUGCUCUCUCAACAACUGUGCUGCUCAUUACACACCCAACGCUGGAGACCCCACCAUGCUGAAGUAUGACGAUGUGUGCAAGAUCGAUUUUGGCACACACAUCAAUGGGAGGAUUAUUGACUGUGCCUUUACUGUCACCUUCAAUCCGAAGUAUGAUGGCCUGCUUGAGGCUGUAAAAGAUGCCACAGACACUGGAAUCAAGUGUGCAGGCAUUGACGUGCGUCUCUGUGAUGUUGGAGAGUCUAUACAGGAAGUCAUGGAGUCAUAUGAGGUGGAGUUAGAUGGGAAAACAUACCAAGUUAAGCCAAUCCGCAACCUGAACGGCCACUCCAUUGGUCAAUACCGGAUUCAUGCUGGCAAAACAGUUCCUAUUGUAAAGGGUGGUGAAGCCACCAGAAUGGAGGAAGGUGAGGUCUAUGCAAUCGAGACAUUUGGCAGUACAGGGAAGGGAGUUGUGCACGAUGACAUGGAAUGUUCUCACUACAUGAAGAACUUUGAUGUGGGACACGUACCAAUCAGGCUACCAAGAGCCAAACACUUGCUAAACGUAGUGAACGAGAACUUCAGCACGCUAGCGUUCUGCCGCCGCUGGCUGGACCGGCUCGGUGAGAGCAAAUACCUGAUGGCGCUGAAGAACCUGUGCGACCUGGGCAUCAUCGACCCUUACCCACCGCUCUGUGAUGCCAAGGGUUCUUACACAGCUCAAUACGAACACACCAUACUGCUCAGGCCCACGUGCAAGGAGGUGGUGAGCCGAGGAGACGACUUUUGACCCACAUCUAUGAAUAGUUCUAUACAAAAGAAACUACACCGUCCGAAUGGGACACACGCUAAUUACGCACACAUUAAUAAUAGGAAAGUAUUAACUAACUGGCUGGAGCAGUGGAUGCUGCAACCUUUUUGCAUGAUAAGCUCUAUGAAUUAUGAAUUCUAAACUAUGCAGGAGAACAGACUUCUGUAGCUGCUGAUCUGGGCCUUGUUUCUCCAAAGUGUGUAUCAGGAAAAGCUGAAUGGAUUCAGGCAUUUUUGUAUUGAUGCAAAUUGAUCUUGUAUUACUGAUGUUCUGUUAUUUCGUGAUGUUAGAGACAAGUCAGUUCUUUGCACGUUCCUAUCUUCCCACAUAUGAUGCGCAUGAUAGAGUAGUUGGAUUAGAUGCUUGUCUGGUCUGUAUAAUGAUGAUGUGGGAUUGUUUGGCACGGCAGGUAAAACACAAUAGACACCACCAUUCAGUUUAACAGUAGACUACAACUGACAAAGAUUUCAGGAAACUUUCUUACUUCACAAACCUACUCCUGUUAUUGAAGCAAGACAAAGAUUAUCUAUCUAUUAGGCCAGAAAUUACAUAUGUCAUUCAUUUCUUUCUAUAUUUUAACAAUUCAGACUGAAUCGAAUGCUGAAUGCAAAAUGCUGUAAUUGAAUUCAUAUACUUAUGCUUAGGUUUUGAGGAAUUUGGGCAGACACAAACACGAAUACUGUACAUGUUAGACUAAUAGAACAUAGAUAGCACACAAUACAAACACCACAAUAUUACUAAAAAAAUUGUAUUCUUUAUUGUUCCAUUUCUGGAAGAUCAAUGACACAGUUUUAAAUGAUUUACAGGCCAAAAUACACCAAUCAGGCAUAACAUUAUGAGCAGUGAGAGGUGAAGUGAAUAUCACUGAUGAUCUCCUCAUCAUGGCUCCUGUUAGUGGGUGGGAUAUAUUAGGCAGCAAGUGAACAUUUUGUCCUCAAAGUUGAUGUGUUAGAAGCAGGAAAAAUGGACAAGCGUAAGGAUUUGAGCGAUUUGAGGGCCAAAUUGUGAUGGCUAGACCACUGGAUCAGAGCGUCUUCAAAACUGCAGCUCUUGUGGGGUGUUCCCGGUCUGCAGUCGUCAGUAUCUAUCAAAAGUGGUCCAAAGUAGGAACAGUGGUGAACCGGAGACAGGGUCAUGGGCAGCCCAGGCUCACUGAUCCACGUGGUGAGUAAAGGCUGGCAUGUGUGGUCCAAUCCAACAGACGAGCUACUGUUGAUCAAACUGCUGAAGAAGUUAAUGCUGGUUCUGAUAGAAAGGUGUCAGAAUACACAGAGCAUGAAGGGUCAGGGCUGUUUCGGCAGGAAAAGGGGACCAACACAAUAUUAGGCAGGUGGUCAUAAUGUUAUGCCUGAUCAGUGUAUGUAAAAAUACUGGUGAUAAUGUGAUAUGUCAUGUUUUAUUAUAAGUGGCCUGCGUUACUUUGAGCAAAAUAUCUUAUGGAAACAAAUAUUGACCGAAUUAAAUAUAAUCAAUGAAUUUAGACACUUCACACCACUCCGUCGCUGAUUGAGUUUUGAUUAUUGUUUUGAUUUAUUGUCCUUGAGCUAGUGAACAAAAGGCUGUGGUUUUAAAUCCCAGGACAUUUAAUCGGUCAUAGCUACUGUAUACAUGGACCGUGUCCUGUCUUACUUCUAAGCCACUUUAGAUAAAAAUGAUUAAAUGUAGAAUGCUAGAGUAUUUUUGAAAAGUAUUAUUCAAACAUCAGAUCUUUAAUCACGUAUCAGGGUUCACACGUGACUGUCUCGUCUCUACGCACGCAUCACUUUCUCUUUAGUGCUUUGAGGAAACAAGGCCCAGCUAUCUUUUUACCUGAUUAAGAUGAAAGGAAAUAGAUCAUGACAGUAAUCAGCUCUCAGUUCAGGUCUCGGCAGAUCGUGUAAAUAUAUAUUUUUUAAUUUAAAACAAAGUUAUUUGAUUUAUGUGAUAAAGGGCUUGUUGGAUUUAACAAUCAGGCAUGUGCAAAUCUGAGUGGAUUGAAAACUGCAGCGUUUAUCUGUUUUUACUCAGUGCCUAGCAAAAAAAUUAAGGAAUAAUUAAAGGGAUGAGAAAAGAGUAUGGCUGCUCAGCUUUACAUGGCAUGAUGAUCGCAAAAGAAAAAAAAACAAAAAACGGCAAGCUGUGCACUCUGCUACUUAAAUAUAAGGUGCUUUGGUAUUUGUAUACUAUCUCAGAAAUGGCUGCAUUGUACCAUCCAUGUUUUUGUUGGAAAUUGUUAUUUAAGUCAGUUAAAUAUCUAGAUUCAUUGACUAGAUCUGUGCAUGUGUGAGUGCAGGGUUUCAUUCCAACCAAGCAAAAUACACACUUGAGUCUAUUGAAAGCCAAGAGCGACCAAUUAAACACAUGGAAUCAGGUGUGGCUUUUGCUUGACUGGAAUACAAACCUGUACCCAGGACACCCCUGGGCUGAAAUGUUUUCAUUUUAGAUUAAACCAGCAUACAAACAUCUCUUCCUUUCCCCUUUGUGUAAAAACUUGUUUGCUUGUGGCUGCAGCUGCAAGAUAUUUCCACUUGCUUUGUAUAGUGCUACAAAUGUAGGCCUACUUUAGAUCACGUGUAGACGUCCUUUGAGAAUCACUCUUAUUUCCCAAACCAGUGCUAACAAUAUACGCACAAGUUAGGGCAUUAAUAAAGAGAUACUGAUUGAUGGUAACACAUACACUAUAUGGCCAAAAGUUUGGAGGCACCUGAUUGUCUAGAACAACUCUGUAUUCUAUAAUUUUCCUUCACUUUAACUAAGAGACUCAAACCCUGUUCCAGCAUGACAAUGCCCCUGUGCACAAAGCCCCUGAGCUCCAUGAAGACAUGGUGUAGAGGUAAAGGUUAGAGUGGAAGAACUGGAGUGUCCAGCACAGAGCCCUGAACACCUUUGGGAUGAACUGGAACACCGACUGAACCCCAGACUUCCUCACUCUUACAACAUCAGUGUCUGAUCUCACUAAUGCUCUUGUAGCUGAAUGAUCACUAAUCCCCACAGCCACACUCUAACCUGUAGUGGAAAACCUUCACAAAAUAGAGGAUCUUAAUAUAAUAGUAAAUCAGUAACCAACUGUAUUAAUUCCAUGCUUUUUGGAGCUUAAGGCUGCCAUGGUCAGGUGUCCAAAUACUUUUGGCCAUUUAAUGUAGAGGGGAUGUUCUUUAAAAGUUUGGGGUGGUUUCCUGUGAAGUCCCUUAGAUGGGUGAUGAAGCAGUUUUAAGACUGCAAGACAAUUACAAGCCCAGUUUGCUACCUUUGCAUUAGACUGAGAUAUUUAAUGUGCACAGCUGUGUAAAGGUUAAUUUGGUACAU